UCACUGAUACAGUACUACACAUCACAAUCACAUCACAACUUGCGACACUGUAAUAUUUGAAGUCGCUUAAUUUUUGACUGUAAACGAUAUAUAAAAUACACUACAACAAUGUGAAAGUGUUAAAAAUGAUUAAAUUAUAGCAGUAGCGCCUUUUAUGUUUUACUUCCUUCGUUUCCAUAUUCGUUAUUUCAUGUUUUCUUUACAAGUAAUUAUUAGUCAUAUUGUUACUGAAAAUAUUGUGUUAUGAUCAUAAUAAUGGCUUAUCGAGUUCUAUUAGUUCUUGUUCUUGCAAUAAUCAGUGUGAGUACUGAAGAAGAAACUUCUGCACCAAUGACUAAAGCUGAAAGAAUAAGUUUAAGAGAGGAGGCCCGUAAAAUGUUUUACCAUGCAUACAAUGCAUAUAUGGACAAUGCAUAUCCAGCGGAUGAGUUGAUGCCUCUCAGCUGCAAAGGGAGAUGGAAGGGCAUCACACCAAGUCGGGGUGAUAUGGAUGACGCUCUUGGAAACUUUUCCCUGACGCUAGUGGACAGCUUGGACACGCUGGUGGUGAUGGGAGACUUCUCCGAGUUCAGCAGGGCCAUCAAACUUGUCAUCAAAGACGUCUCCUUCGACCACGACAUCGUAGUUUCCGUGUUCGAAACUAACAUCAGAAUGCUGGGGGGCCUGCUGUCCGCGCACGUGCUGGCAACGGCGCUUAAGCCGGAGGUGCCCGUGUUGCAGUGGUACGGCGGCGAGCUGCUGGCCCUAGCCGAGGACCUCGGACGCCGCUUACUGCCCGCAUUCAACACGUCCACAGGGAUCCCGCACGGAAGGGUGAACCUGCGGCACGGGGUGCGCUACCUGCAGGAGUCGCGCGAGACGUGCACGGCGUGCGCGGGCACCAUGAUCCUGGAGAUGGCGGCGCUGUCGCGGCUCACCGGCCGCCCCGUCUACGAGCAGAAGGCCCACAAGGCCAUGGACAGGCUCUGGAAGAUCAGGCACAGGACCUCUGACCUAAUGGGCACUGUGAUAAACAUCCACUCCGGCGACUGGGUCCGCAAGGACUCGGGCGUGGGCGCCGGCAUCGACUCGUACUACGAGUACUGCCUCAAGGCGUACAUCCUGCUGGGCGACGAGAAGUACCUGGCCAGGUUCAACCGCCAUUACAACGCCGUCAUGAAGUACAUCAGCAGGGGGCCCGUCAUGUUGGCCGUACAUAUGCACAGGCCGCACCUCCAAUCCCGCAACUUCAUGGACGCGCUGCUGGCGUUCUGGCCGGGGCUGCAGGUGCUGCUGGGCGACGUGCGGCCCGCCGUCGAGACGCACGAGAUGCUCUACCAGGUCAUGCAGCGCCACACAUUCAUACCAGAAGCCUUCACCACCGACUUCCAGGUGCACUGGGGUCAGCAUCCCCUCCGACCCGAGUUCCUCGAGUCCACGUACUUCCUCCACCGCGCCACCGAGGACGACCACUACCUGCAUGUGGGCAAGAUGGCCCUCAAAGCUUUACAGCAGUAUACCAAAGUGCCUUGUGGCUACGCCGCAGUCAACGACGUGAGGACCCGAGUCCACGAGGACAGAAUGGACUCGUUCGUCCUUGCGGAGACCUUCAAGUAUCUAUAUAUGCUAUUCGGUGAUGAUAAACAUAUGCCGGUCAAGUUGGAAGACUAUGUGCUGACGACGGAAGCGCAUUUCCUGCCGCUCUCGCUGGCCCACGCGGGGAAAAACACUUCCUACUUCAGCUUGAAAAUAGAUGACGAAGACGAGGACAAGUAUAGAAAGACAUGUCCGAACACGGCUUCGCUGGUGGCGGAGAAGGUGCGCCAGCCGAUGCGGCAGCUGCUGGGCGCGGCGGCGGCGCGGCCGCCCGCGCGCCUGCGCCCGCUCAACGACCCGCGCCAGAUCCACGCGCUCGCCGACAUGGGCAUCUCCGUGCUCACGCUGCCCGACGGCAGGGUGCAACUGCUUUACACCACCAAUACGGCCAAGACAUCAAAAGAUGCAGCAGAAGGACUGACGUUUAUGCGUGAGAUGUCCAAGUGGAACUCAAUGAGCGAUGUAGAGAAUGGUGUGACCCCAGUGGGUGUGGAAGUUCGCGGACGCGUGUUUCCUGCGGGCCCGGGCCACUUCGGGCGCGAAGUGCGCGACGCUCGGAUCUCCGGCACGCCCGCCCGCGCCUACCCGCUCGACGCCUGCUCGCCGCUCGACAACGCCGCCAACCUUCAGGGCAAGUUUGCUGUCGCGCAACGGGGGCACUGCACAUUCGCUCAGAAAGUCAGAAAUAUACAAAACGCCGGCGCCAAGCUCGCCAUCGUCGUGGACAACGUGCCGGACUCCACGCACACGGUCACCGCCAUGUUCGCGAUGUCCGGCGACGGCAAGGACGACAUCCAAAUACCGGCCGUAUUCCUCUUCACUCGGGAGGGCGACUACUUGCUGGACGCCAUGAAUCAGGACCCCGAAUUGAUCGUUACCGUUGGCGAGCUCAAGUCGCUCAAAAGACAGUACGAGAACACCUGCGAGGACGACAACUGCGAGGCAGUUUUAGAAACAUCGAGCGGGCCCGCAGAGUCGGAAUCGUUUGAUCACCUCAAAAAAGUACUCAGCCAAUUAGUGGCGCAGUUUGAAUUGUCUUUAUCGCACGAUGAGGGCGGCACACAGGGGCAGCGCUGCGGCAACGAGGUGUUGGAGAAGCCAUUCCAAAACGAUAAAGUUACCUGUAACGAAGCCCACACAGAAGACCCUCCGGCCGUUCCUGUCGAGAGAGAAAGAACAACUAACACGCCGGACGCCGCCUCCGACGAAACGUUACAAUUAAAGACAGAUGUAAAUAAACCUGACGACCUUUGAUGUGGUCAAUAAUUAUAGCAAUUUGUAUAAAGUGAUGUAAAAAUAUUGUAUAUACUAUUUGUAAGAUUUAACAUAAGGUCGACACAAUGAUCCGUUGUCCAAACAUAGACAUUUAUAGAAUAAAACCAAUAUCGUGGCGAAUAUGAUUCAAGUUACACGGGGAGGCCGUUUCUGUAUACAAAUGUAUCCCGUUCGACUAAUCCGUGCCACAUCGGCAUUCCUUAUAAAACCUCCUGGAUAUCUGAACAGUCUUGUUUGAUUGUCAAUGAAAGGACGCAGGAUAAAGGGACAUAUGCAGCUACUUAUUUGUUGAUUUUUAUUGGCAAGAUGUUAUUGGGGUCCCUUUGUUUCCCAUAAAGUUUUAAGUCAUAAUGUAUUGUUUGUCAUAUUAUCGUUAGUCAUAAAACUGAAACCGUUAACUUUUCAAGAUUUUCCUAAGGUCAUUCUAUAGAUAGGUUAGGUUAGGUUAGGUUUGUUUUAUGGCAAUCCUGAAAAGUUACGCGUUUCUGAGAAAAACCAAUUAUGACUAACGAAAAUUCGGACAAACAGUACAUUAUGACUUAAAACUAUUUGGGAAACAAUAGAGACCCGAUGUUAUUUCUUUUUGUGCUUCAACUUUAGAGAAGGGUCAUUCCACCGUUUCGGGUGUUACACUUGAACUCAUAAAAUAAGGUUUUAUUCGAUAUUGUAACAGGAACUAGGAGGUUAUAACUAUUGAUUCAUCUACUACUUUGAUAAUAUUUUCCUUUCCUGUACGCACAUUAUUAAAGUAUAAGAGAAAUAACGAGAGAAUCACUAAAAAGUAGCUGUUUCGGGCGUUACGCGAAUUGGCCUAUACCUUCUGACCAUCAGUACCAAAAUGCAUAAUUAAGCGAAUUUUAUCAAGUAAGCUCCAGUUUUAUUUAUGUCAAGUAAUAAUAGUUAGUAUAGUCUACUGAAACACUGAAGUAACACUUAGUAUCACUUCUUAUUUAAUUUUAAUAAAAUAAAUUACCUGUUUCGGGUGUUACUCAUGGUUCGUUUCGGGUGUUACGAGUACGAAAUUAAGACAGAUUUAUACGAAAUUAUGGCUCAUUUUAUUGAAAUUAUUGUCUUUUUAAUAAAUUCGAUUAAAAAUAUAAGUAAUAAAUGCUGAAUUAUUUUAAAAUACAUUAUCUUAACAAUAAAAACUGUUUCUCGAAGAUAUCAUAAUUAUUUUUCUUUCGAUGCGAAUAUUUCCGAAAAUAUUCACUAAAUCAAAAACUUGUUGAUGGUGACACCUAUUCAUUUUGAAAGAUCUAUCCAACGACACCACACAUCACAGGAUUAAAUGCAAAAAAAAAUUAAAAAUAUUUUUUUUGUACAGGAGCUACCUUAA